AAGACCCUAAGAUUUUCUUAGAUACAAAGGGAGGAUAGGAUAGAAUAUGUCUUCCCGAAAAAAAGUUCUUUUAAAGGUGAUUAUUCUAGGAGACAGUGGUGCUGGGAAGACGUCUCUUUUAAAUCAAUAUGUCAAUAAGAAGUUUAGUAAUCAGUAUAAAGCAACUAUUGGUGCAGAUUUUCUUACAAAAGAGGUGAUGGUAGAUGAUCGGAUAGUAACUAUGCAACUAUGGGAUACGGCGGGUCAGGAGCGAUUUCAGUCGUUAGGAGUGGCUUUUUAUAGAGGAGCGGAUUGUUGUGUUCUUGUCUUUGAUCUUGGGAGUUCUAGGUCAUUUGAAGCGCUUGAUUCAUGGAGAGAUGAGUUUUUUAUACAGGCGAGUCCCCGUGAUCCAUCAUGUUUUCCAUUUGUUUGUAUUGGAAAUAAAUGUGAUAUUGAAGAAAAUAAAAAAAUGGUUUCACAUGAACGUGUUGUUUCUUACUGCCAAUCAAAGGGAAAUAUUCCAUAUUUUGAAACAAGUGCGAAAGAAUGCACAAAUAUAGACGAGGCAUUUUUGCUUAUAGCAAGAAUUGCACUUUCUAUGGAAAAUGAAGAAGAUUAUGUUUCUGAAUUUCCUGAUCCUAUUCAAAUUAAUCUUGAUUCUGAAAAGCCUGGUUGUGCAUGUUAAUGAAUUUAUAUAUAAAUUAUUAAUUUGAAUUUUUUUAUAAACA